CCCACGUCAAUUGGUAUGAUGCAGUAAUAGGAGUCCACGGCGGCUCUCCUAGUCUUCGUAGGUCUAAUUAUAUGAGUGUCUUUUUAGUGAACUUGCACUGGUAUCCAAGAACAUGUUUUCUUAAUUUUGAGGAUUCCGCCGAGUAGAAAAGACUUGGGUGCUGAGUUGUUUGUCAACUAAAAAGAAUGGUGCGCCACGUUUUCGUACCCGUCAUUGCUCUCGGCCGUCCAGCUUCGAGCUAGUUGAACACUUUUUCUUUGUUACCGUCGACUAACAAAACCAAGUCACGUGGAAGGAGUAGACAGACCUGAUUGCACAACACAAAGCGAAAGCCUGAGUUUCCGUGGUGGACCGACGAGCCGAGAUCCUGUUCACUUAAAUUUAGAACUACAUCACAAGCAAGUUCUCCCCUUGAAGGAAGAACAGAAUGGCAUCCUCAUCGGACCCGACGCCUUCGACGUCGUCAACAGACGCCAGACCUGACGGUCAACAACAGACGGGGAGAGACUCACCCACAGCAGACGGGGAACAAGGAAAGAACAACACGAAUCUUUCCACAUCACCAACACCAGAUGGGGGCAAUGGUGCUAGUGCAAGCAGUACUACGACACCCUCUGGAGGUACAUCUGGUGGUGACAACGAUUCAUCUACUAUAGCACCUGAUGUAGUGCCUCCACUACCGCCUGCUCCGACGAUAUCGGAGCUGAAAAAAGAAGGAAAUGAACUAGUUAAAAGCAAGAAAUUUGAGGAAGCAGUAGCGAAAUAUACUGAAGCAAUAGCACUUGCAGUGAAAUCGGAGCCAACGGACGGGAUCUAUUUGUUGUACAUUAUGGUGAACAAAACCAAAAACAGUAACAAAAUUGAUUAAACAUAGCGCUGACCGAUCAAAAUCUACCUACUUACCCAGUUUUGAUUAACCACGAACUAAUUUUUUUUUUCGCGCUGGACCUGAAUCACCAAGCAAAGAUAAUGUAAUGCAAAUGAUUUCGUUUUCGCGCUCGCGCAAGGCUGUAUGAUCAAAAAAGGCGAUCUCGCCCAAUUAUGAAUCUCUCUUCAUACCCCGUAACCGUGCGCAAGCAUUGAUCAACUGCAAGAAAUUUGACGAGGCGAUGGACGAUGCGCAGAGGACCAUAGUCCUAAAACCAACGUGGUUUAAAGGUUAUUCUCACAAAGCGACGAUUCUCCUGAAGAAGGAACAGUAUGAAGAUAUCGCGGCAGUAGCAAGGGAGGGAUUGAGACAUGUGCGUGUCUAUUUUAUGUUGAUUGCUAGCCUACUCAAAAGAUCUCUUUAUCAACGACCAGGACCACUGAUUCUACCCCAUGGACGAUAAAAGAAACUUCUAUUCACGAAGGUCAUUACCAUUUAUUUUUAACAUCCACCUCGCUCGUCGUAGUCCUGCGACCGAAAAAUACCACAACCUCUUCCUACAACAGAUCGAGAAAGAUUCCGAUGGGGAUGUACUACGGCAAAAUGCGGCAUUAGCCAAGACGGCGCUGUUUGUCAAGAGUAUAGCGGGUUCAUGGAUGGGUCGGGUCCAUGACAUUAUGGGAGGUUACCGACAAACGCUCGACUUCUACCCCAACGGCCUCCUCAAUGUGAAAAUCAUGCACCGAAUGCAGCAGUGCCAGUAUUCGGUACUUCCAUAGGAUUAUGAUUAGCUAUACAGUGUUUCUGAAGCAAGUACCAAGUAGUUUGCUUAUCAAGGUAAAUCGAAGUUGCUGUGAAUUUGGAAUGUCACUUAGACUUAUUCCUACCACUACCACUCACUUAUUCCUACCACUUCCACUUAUCUACCACUAUGUACAACUUCCUCCUCCUACCACUUAAAUCUACCACUCUACCUCUUCCACUUAUCUACUCUACCACUACCACUUCCACUUAUGUACAACUUACUUAUUUCCAAAGAACUCUUUCCGUCCAGGUAAAAGUAUUCUCUGCAGAAGGAGUAUCAGCCGAAAGGGCCGAGGGGGUCUUCGUCAUAUCCUUUAUCCUCCCGAACAUAGACUCCAGGACGCCUUAUUUAGCGCGUUACGUGCCUGCAGAUGGAGAUAGCCCGGAAAGUACUUUGCUUGAUGAAGAUUUUUGAGUUGUAGGUCAGAUCUAGCUCCAGCUAAGUACCCUCAUGGAGGUUUUUCUGUAACUCCUCCUAGUUGUACUUCCAAUAUUUGGAAAAUCCAAACUACCACUAUCCAUUACAUCCACCUCUCUACACGCACAGAACUCCUUCUCUGUUGCAAUGCUGACGUAGUAAAGAGUACGGAAAUCCCGGACCUCGCCGAAUUCGAAAAAGGGUCAGACGCUGACGGCUUUUGUGAGAUGACGAGAGCACCGGCAGUUAAUAAAGACAGCUCCGCUGAACUCUCAAUCAAUGAGAGAGUUGAAAAGUAAUCAUCUCAUGCUCGCUCCUCCACCUAGUAAAUAUUACUUCAUUUAUGUCUCACUUUCACUUGGUUGGCAGUACUAACUAUACAGAACACACUAGACACAGUGUCGUGCUGAAAUGAUUAUUUCACGGUAUAACUUUAGCGCUAAUUUACGUACUAGACUCACGUGGUUUUCUCUCGCUCAAUAUCAACACCAUUCCGUCGUGUAAUGAGUAUUUCAGCACGCUGUCACGAAUGCACAGAAUCAGUAGAUUAUAGUACUGUCGUGUAAUUAUUAUUUCACCACGGCACUACUCUUACUUUUCCAGGUUCGCAGAGCGUUACUACAUACUUCUGCAAGAUCCAUCCUUAAUGGAGUGGACCACUUACGAUGAGGCCAGGCUAUCCUCUGACCCAACUCUCGCUGCUCAGAGCAUCAAACUCCAGUCGCACGUUUUCGAGUUAGAGGAAGAGUUUGGCGACCAAGUGGUGGAUGCGUUCUUCUUACUAGUCUGCGACUUUGACGAUGACAAGAGGAAACUAGGCUUGCCAGUGCACACGAGUGAAACAGCAAAGGCGAAAGUGGUGGCGGUGCGGGACAUCUUGCAGAGCAAGGGGAUGCUAGAUAUGCCUUCGCUGCAAGGUAAAAAACAAAAAUAUUUGGAACAGUUGCUGAAGAGUGAGGGGCUGCCACAGAAUUAUGGUUGGAAAUAAACUCAUACUCAAUAAUGUUACUGAUCUUUGCUAGACUUACAGGAUCAGCAGGCCCGCAUGAGAAGGGUGAUUUUCAUUUCAGAUCGGUUCCCUCCACUUUCAGUAUAGGCCUCUUGAUUAUAUAACGGACGCCUCCUUAUCUUCUCUAAUAUCCGCCAACAUCCGGAGCCGAAGGAGAGACCUCAGCAACCAGCAAUCUACUACUAAACGACGAGGAAGGCCAAUCGGAUCGAGAGAAGAUGGCCGGGGGUGCUAGCAGUGGUAACUCGUUGCCUUUCGCCUUAUCUCGCACUGAGGCGAUCGCAGCAGCCUCUGUUGUGUUGGUUGCGGGUGCUGCGCUGGUAUGGGCCAUGGCGAAGGGAACGACGAAGAACUUGACCUAGAAAUGCUACUAACGUGAAAUGGCGCCUGCUGUUUUGGUUCUUACUUCACUGCUCCCUCUUGAUGCUGCUUGUCGAAUACGUCCUUGCUUAAUAAACAUUUUCCAUGUGCAGCUUACGAGAUACACGCAGACCAGAUCUUCAUACGCUUCUUCUUGUCUCAACGAACAUGACAUAAAAUUUUGUUCUUUCCAACUAUAUCCUAGUAAUUUGGCAGAAGGGCUUUUCCGCCUUCUGUUUUCCCUUGAAUUUUCCCUUUUUAUUUAUAGAUGAUUCGUUUCACGACCC